GUCAACGAAGAGACAGAAGUCAUCUCCUUGGGAACAGAGCAGGUCCCAGAUGUAUCGCUUGCUCACCGUGAAUUCCAGUGGCAUCUCAGAAACCUCCUCAAGGAUCUCCCAGGCGCUCUCCCAGGUGGUGAACGACGCCCAGAGCCCGGGACGGAGCCAGCAGUGGGUUUAUCAUGCGAGGAUGUGCCCGCGCCCUCGCUGACCUGCUCGCCAUCCCCAUCCCUGCUGCCUGUCCCGGCCGGCGCCAUGGGAGGAUGCUUCUCCAAGCCCAAACCAGUUGAAGUGAAAAUUGAAGUUGUGAUACCUGAGAAGGAGAGAAGCAAGGAAGAGAUGUCACCCAACGGGAAAGCCAGCCCCCUGAUCUACAAAGUCAACGGGACUGCCCGGCAUUAUCACCUGGAGGAGCAUCCCAUUGCCAGCAACCCCUACCACAACCCAAAGGAUGUGGUGGAGGCAUCUGUGUGCCACGUGAAGGACCUGGAGAAUGGACAGAUGCGGGAAGUGGACCUGGGCUGCGGGAAGGCUCUGCUCAUCAAGGAGAGCGGCGAGUUCCACGCCGUGGGACACAAGUGUCCUCAUUAUGGGGCUCCACUGGUCAAAGGGGUUUUGUCCAAAGGAAGAGUCCGCUGUCCCUGGCACGGAGCUUGCUUCAACAUCAGCACAGGAGACAUAGAGGACUUUCCUGGCUUGGACAGCUUACCCAGGUUUCAGGUGAAGAUUGAGAAGGAGAAGGUGUACAUCCGAGCAAGCAAGCAGGCUCUUCAGACACAGAGGAGGACAAAGAUGAUGGCAAAGUGCAUCUCCUUGAGCAACUAUAACCUGAGCAGUACCAACGUGCUGAUCAUUGGUGCAGGGGCAGCUGGACUGGUCUGUGCAGAGACCUUGCGCCAGGAGGGUUUCUCAGACAGGAUUGUGAUGUGCACGAUGGACAGACACCUGCCCUAUGACAGACCAAAGCUCAGUAAGUCAAUGGAUUCCCACCCAGAGCAGAUCGCCCUGCGUCCCAAGGAGUUCUUUCGCACCUAUGACAUCGAAGUCCUGACAGAAAUGCAGGUUGCAGCUGUGGAUAUCAAGAACAAGACAGCCGUGUUCAAGGAUGGAUUCAAGAUGGAAUACAACAAGCUGCUGAUAGCGACUGGAAACACGCCCAAAGCUCUCAGCUGCAAAGGCAAGGAGGUGGAAAACGUUUUCAACAUCCGGACACCUGAAGAUGCCAACCGUGUUGUGAAGCUGGCCACAAGCAAGAAUGUGGUCAUCGUGGGAGCAUCCUUCCUGGGGAUGGAGGUGGCUGCCUACCUCGCAGAGAGGGCCCACUCGGUGUCCCUGGUGGAGCUGGAGGAAGUUCCCUUCAAGAAGUUCUUUGGGGAGAAGGUUGGGCGUGCUGUCAUGAAGAUGUUCGAGAGCAACAGGGUGAAGUUCUACAUGCAGACAGAGGUGUCGGAGCUGAGGGAGCAGGAGGGCAAGCUGAAAGAGGUUGUGCUGAAGAGCGGGAAGGUCCUGCGCGCUGACGUGUGUGUGGUUGGUGUUGGCGCAGUCCCAGCGACGGGCUUUCUCAAGCAGAGUGGCAUCAACAUUGACUCCAAAGGCUUUGUCGUGGUCAACAAGAUGAUGCAAACCAACAUCCCCGGAGUCUUUGCAGCCGGUGAUGCUGUCACAUUCCCGCUGGCCUUGAGGAAUAAUAAGAAGGUGAACAUCCCUCACUGGCAGAUGGCCCAUAUGCAUGGCCGUAUAGCUGCACUGAACAUGCUGGCCCACGGCAUGGAGAUCAGCACAGUCCCAUAUCUGUGGACUGCUAUGUUUGGGAAGAGCAUCCGAUACGCAGGCCAUGGGGAAGGAUUCGAUGAUGUCGUCAUUCAGGGAGAUUUAGAUGAACUGAAGUUUGUGGCAUUUUAUACCAAGAGUGACGAGGUGGUGGCAGUGGCCAGCAUGAACUACGACCCUAUCGUAUCCAAGGUGACUGAGGUCCUGUCUGCUGGCAGAACCAUCCGAAAGCGUGAUGUGGAGCUGUUUGUCCGUCACGGCAAAACCGGAGAUAUGUCCUGGCUGACUGGGAAAGGCUCCUAACACCUCUGGUAGCUGUGCUCUCCUGAUGCUGCACUCACCAGUGGGAGAUGGGAUGGCAGCUCCAUAGACACGCGGGAUCACCGUGGCUGAGUCAUGUCCCUUUGAGACUUGGAUGAACCCGCAUCCAACUUCCCCACAGACGGCCGAAGGCUCCCCUGCCCUGCUGCCUGCCAGGCUGGGGCUCGGCUGUUGCCAUUCCCAGGGGAAAAGCAGCCCCCAGAGAGAGCAGGGCUUGGCACUGCCAGUAGACACGGAUCCCACGUGGCUGCUGCUGAGGGGUCCCCAGAGGGCUCUGCUCCGAGCACGUCCCUCGGCCCUGUACGCAGCACGAGUGCCUUGCUUUGCUCCCUGUGCUUCCAAGCACGUUGCCCCUUCCCAGUGCACAUCCCCUGACACCCGCUCCCUCUCCGCAUGGCUGUAGCGCUUGCCAUGGCCCUCCCUGUGCCCACCCACCCUGGGGAGCACCGGGGGUCGAGGGAGAUGGGGUCACGCCGGGUGGUCUCUGUACAGCCCGUGUUUGCGUUCCACAUUCUCCCUUCUCCAGGCGGGUUGCCCUGCCCAGACCCCCCAGCAGAGGUGGGUCCUGCCCAAGCCAAGGGCUCUGGGGCUCAUGGGUCCCCAUUCCAGCACCACAGCAUCUCCCCGUCCCACACCAGACAAGGGGCUGGAGCGUUGCUCCCCAUGUCUUAGGGUGCAGUUUGGGCUGGGGCACUGCACUGGCAGCUCUCGGUCAGUCCCCAGGGUGCAGAGCGGGGCUCCCCAGAGAGCUGCAGCCCCUGGGCUCAGUGGCCAUUCUUCCAGCCAGCCUUGAGACAUCUCUCUCCAUAGUGAUUAUUGCAGGAUUAGUGCUGCUGCUGAGAUGUUUCUCAAGGAGAAGUAGCCAGAGGGGUGUUUCUGGCUCAUUCCUCCUGUCACUUAGUGGUAAGGCUGCAGUUCUCAUCUCAGAGACAGUGCUCUGCUGUUGUGUUUUCUGCUCCUCGCUGGAAGAAGAGCCUUAUCUCUAGCUUAGGAGUGGACCUGGCCAGCCCACAGCCCCGUGUCCUUCAGCCCAGCAGAACUGGUGGACAAGAAUCCCCCCUUGGAGAGUCUCCAGUACUCUGCCCUAGGGGAGGUUUCUUCCCCCCAAAUCAGUGUUUUACCCUGAGCCCAAAGUAAGAGGAUUUAUAUUUUUAAUUUGAUUCACGCCCUAUGAAUUAAAGCACUGCUAUCUGUGA